AAAUGAAGAAAUGCUGGUACACAGGCCGGGACAGGAUCCGGAGAGAAAGGAACACUAAACACAGGAGCGGUGACGGUGGGAAAAAAAAGAAACCGUAUAUGUAUACACGUCAGCUCCAAUUUCUAAAACUAAUUAUGGAACUAAGAACAACUGUUGACAACCUCUCCGAAUGUUCAUCUUCACGAGCACCGUCCACUGAAGAGGAGCCAAGACAAGUGGAGGACGAAAACCAGCGGGCCUUGGGCGAAUCUUCCGCUUCACAAGGGCUGCAGCCUACGGGGGAAAUCGAUGUUAAUCAGAACGCCGUACAGCCAAUCCCUGAGGUCAUCCCAGUAGAAGCUGCUGCACCAGUUUGCCGUUCAUCUGGCAGACGAGGUCGACGUGUCAUGAUCGGUUCCGGUUUAGAUCUUCGAGCCCAGGUUGAUACUAUGGUGCUGGAAUAUCUAAACCGUAUGCGAUCUGACGGCAAGGAAGAGUUAGCUUUAAAAGGGCUAGCUCCUUCAUUGCGCCGUGUGCCAGAUAAACGACAAACUCGGUGCCUUGCAACUUUAGCGCUGGUGAUUGAUCAAUUUGCAGGGUCUCAGGAGCCACAUUAUGUUGAAAUGUCCCGAAAUCAAAUGCUUAAUCCUGUUACCCCUCCCUCCGUCCCGUAA